GGAUAUAAAAAGGGCCAGAUUCUCUUAGUUCUUCAGUAAAAACAAAGCUACUUUACAGUAAAUCACUCGCUCAAUCAAUCGCUUCAACCGCAAAACAAAAUGAAAAUGUUGUGCAUAAUUUUCAUUGGUGCAUUAAUUGCAUCUGCUAGUUCGGCCAACUACAACCUCCAACCUGGGUCUGCAUUGCCACGUUAUCUGAGUCCUGUGUCGCCUUCAGAUUCCCAGUCAUCACUGCUUUCCUACCAAUACCAGCCAGCAGCACCAGCACCGGCUCCAGCUUCCUAUGCUGCACCAGCUCCUGCUCCAUCUAUUUAUGCUGCACCUGCCCCUGCUCCGUCUUAUUCCGCACCUGCACCAGCUCCAGCUUCCUAUGUAGCACCAGCACCUGCGCCAGUUACUUAUGCCGCACCUGCUCCCGCUCCAGCUCCAUAUGCCGCACCUGCACCUGCUCCAGCCAACUAUGCAGCACCAGCACCCGCGCCAGCUACUUAUGCCGCACCUGCUCCUGCUCCAAGCAACUAUGCAGCACCAGCACCCGCCCCAGCCAACUAUGCAGCACCUGCUCCGACUCCAUCCGCUUAUGGCGCAGCCUCACCUGCUUCUUCUCCAGCUAACUAUGCAGUACCUGCCCCAACUUCUUAUGCGCAACCAGCUCCGGCUCCAUCUCCGACUUGUUACGGAUCUGCACCUGCACCUGCUCCAGCUUCCUAUGCGAAACCCGCUCCAGCAUCAUAUACAUCACCUGCACCUGUUCCAGCUACUUAUGUCGCACCUGAUUCUGAUAAAGCCAACUAUGUAGCACCUACACCUGUCCCAGCUACUUAUACCGCACCUGCUCUUGACCCAAGCAACUAUGCGGCACCUGCACCUGCUCCAGCCAACUACGCAGCACCUGCUCCGACUCCAGCCUACUACGCAGCACCCGCAUCAGCUUCCUAUGUAGCACCAGCACCAGUACCAGCUCCGGUUUAUGCUGCACCUGCUCCAGGUUCCUAUGUACCAGAGCCAUGGCUUUAUUCAGCAGAUCCUGCUCCAGCUCCAGAUGCUUAUGGAGCACCAGCGCCGGCACCAGCCCCAACUUAUGUACAACCUGCCCCAGCGCCAGCAUCAUACGCCGAAGCAUCUCAGGCAUACACAGCUCCAGAACCCAUUCCAGUACCUCCUCCUUGUUCUUCUGCAUCAUACUCUGCACCAGCACCGGCACCAUCUCCAGCACAUACUUAUACUGCCCCCGCUCCCUCUCCAGCCACUUACACAGGAUCUGUCUCAUUUUAUACAGCACCAGCUUCGACAGCUCUGAUCUCAUAUGGAGCUCCAGCGCCUGCUCCGGCCCCUUCACCUUAUCCUGCACCAGCACCAGCACCAGCUGCCGCAGCUUAUGCUCUUCCACCUUACUCUAUUGAUGUGAAAUACUAUCAAUAAUUACGAAUAUUUAAAAUGUUUUCUUAAGAUAAUGACGAAUAAAGAAAUAUAAAUACGAAAG